ACCCAAGCGUAGUGUGAAGAAGGAUAAUAAGGAGAAGGAGAAGGAGAAGGAGAAGAAAUGGAGGAAGGGAGCACAGUAGAUCUCUAUAUCCUACCAGAAGGUUGCAUCUCCAACAUUAUAUCACUAACAUCUCCUCGAGAUGCUUGCCGGUCGUCGGUGAUCUCUUCUGUUUUCCGAUCGGCGACUGAUUCAGACUCGGUAUGGGAGAGAUUUUUACCGUCUGAUUACCAGCAGAUCUUGUCUUCAUCGGUGUCUCCUUACCUAUUACUUUUCUCUUCAAAGAAGGAGCUCUAUCUCCAUCUCUGUAAUAACCCCCUUCUCAUCGACAGGGGCACUAAGACAUUAGCGUUGGAGAAAUGCAGUGGAAGGAAGUGUUACAUGAUCGGAGCAAAAGAGCUCUCCAUUGUGUGGGGUGAUACCCCUUCGUAUUGGAACUGCAUUGUUGUCGUGGAUGUCUUUGCAUUGCCCAAUGAAUUUGUACUCAUAAAAAAAAAUGCAAUGUCCAAUGAAUUUGUCGGCAUGUCCACUAGGACUACUGGUAAUCGAAUAAUCAUGUAUUUGUCCAUGAUCAAGGUUUUAAGGAUAGAUCCUCUCCCAGCUGUUGGGAACCCUGAUGUGCAUCUAACAGCUGAGACGACCUUGAGAUUUACAUUCAUGUUUUGGGGUAUAUGUCUAAAUUCUCUUCAACUACAUAAAGGAUCUGAAUCUUGCAAUCAGGUGUAUUCAUGCUUUUGA